CAGCCGUCUCGAUGGGGCGUGGCUGUGGAUGGCGGGGCGGGACUUCCCGUCCAGGUGGCACUGACUUCCGGUGUGUGCCGGAAGUUCCCUCAGAGAGAUUUAGGAGUCUGCGCGUAUGCUGAGUCUGCGGGGCUGCUGAGGAGCGUUAAGGUCUCGUGAGGGUUUUGUGGGGGUCAAGGCUUUGGUCACUAGGUUCCUAGCUAGGUCGCGGCUUAUUUCCCGCCUAGCGAUGGCAAUGUACACGUGCAUCACGUGCCGGGUGGCGUUCCGCGACGCGGAGAUGCAGCGAGCCCACUACAAGACGGAUUGGCAUCGCUACAACCUGCGACGGAAAGUGGCGGACAUGGCCCCGGUCACCGCCGAGGGCUUCCAGGAGCGGGUGCGGGCGCAGAGGGCCAUGGCGGAGCAGGAGAGCAAGGGCACGGCCACUUACUGCACCGUCUGCAGCAAGAAGUUCGCCUCCUUCAACGCCUGCGAGAACCACCUCAAGUCCCGGCGGCACGUGGAGCUGGAGAAGAAGGCGGUGCAGGCGGUGAGUCGGAGGGUGGAGAUGAUGAACGAGAAGAACCUGGAGAAGGGGCUGGGCGCCGACAGUGUGGACAAGGAUGCCAUGAACGCGGCCAUCCAGCAGGCCAUCAAGGCGCAGCCAUCCAUGUCGCCCAAGAAGGCCCCCUCGGCGCCGAGGGACGAGUCCAGGGGUCCCGUGGCGCUGGCAGACGGUGGCCGUGUGACUCACGACCGAGAGCCGGCGGAGAAGCCGCCCCGGCUCCAGUGGUUUGAACAGCAGGCGAAGAAGUUGUUAAAGCAGCAGGGGGAGGAGAGCGAGGAGGAGGAGGAGGACCUGGACGGAGAUGAUUGGGAAGAUCUGGAUUCCGAUGAAGAAUUGGAAUGUGAGGAUGCUGGGGAGAUGGAAGAAGGUGCAGAGGAGCAGGAUGCCGAGGAGGACGGGGCUGGGGAACGCCCACCCCUUGGUGCCAUCCCUGUAACAGAGUGCUUAUUUUGUUCCCAUCAUUCAAGCUCCCUGAUGAAGAAUGUGGCUCAUAUGACUAAAGUCCACAGCUUUUUUAUUCCUGAUAUAGAAUAUCUUUCUGAUCUUAAGGGACUGAUUAGAUAUUUGGGGGAGAAAGUUGGCGUUGGGAAGAUUUGCUUGUGGUGCAAUGAGAAAGGGAAAUCGUUCUACUCCACAGAAGCUGUACAGGCACACAUGACUGACAAGAGCCAUUGUAAGCUCUUCACAGAUGGCGAUGCUGCUUUGGAAUUUGCAGACUUCUAUGAUUUUAGGAGCAGCUAUCCAGAUCACAAGGAAGGGGAGGAUGCUGGUGAGGCUGAGGCUUUUCCUUCAGAUAAGAACGUGGAAUAUGACGAUGACACCAUGGAGCUGAUUCUGCCUUCUGUUUUCAGGUCUAGUAAAAUCCCACUUAUCUGGAGGCUGGUCUGCCAGAAUCCUUAGGAUUUCACAGAGGUGCUGCACUCAGAUGUAUCCAGAAAAACAUACAUCUGUGGUAGGUAAAACAUCAUUUCUUAGCAGACAACAAGUACACACGAUUGAAAAGACCCAAAGAUUGGUUCAUUUACAUAUUGGUCUUACUUGCACAUGACAGAAUCCAUCUCUUAAGCAGAAAAGAGUUUUAUUCCAGGUUGUUGGGUUGCCCACAGAAUCUUUUCAAGAGCUAGGGAAACAGAUUCAAGGCUGAGCUUUUAGAAUUAAUGCCCAGAACCAGAGCUCAGAACGCUCCUGUCAGGGAAACCAUUGCUCCCGUUGUCACCAUGCUGCGAGUGCCAGGAACUUGAUUCUGGGGGAGCUGGUACUGCGGUAGCAGGGAGUCCUGAACUUGACCUGCAGCCACUGCUGCCUGAGAAGACUUCUGGAGCCACUGUUGCUCAUCAAAGGGAUGCUUCCUACCAGGCUGCGUCCUCUGUCACUGGGAGCUCCCAGUGGUAGUCUGGUUUGGCUGUAUCUGAUUGACAGUGCCUGGGUCACCUGCCUGCGUUCUAGCUGUAGGGGGAGGCUUGGAGUUUGAAUUCUGCCUUCUGCUUUGGGGAGCAGGACUCAUAGUAGUAAUGUGAAAAGAUGAAGAUAAGCCACGAAUAUGAGAAGUCUCUACCGUUGUUUGUUGUGUGGGAAGAAAAAAGUGUUGUGAUUAGCUGGUAAGACUGGGAGAAGAUACAGAAGACAUAAUUCCAAAGUAAGAGAGUGGGAUGGCAGAGAUGACAGUAAUGAUCUCAGUAAUACCAGCUAUUUACUGAGCAGGUAGUACGCACACUUAGCACAUUCAGGCACAUACAUUAUCUGUACCACAAGCCUAUAAGGUGGAUUUUCUUAUCGUCAUUUGACAUAGGAGAUAACUGAAGCUUAGGUGGAUUAACACGGCCAGAAGUGGGCCUUUUUUUACCACUUCAGUGCCUGACUCUGGGGAUUUGCAGUAACGGUGGGGCAGGAGCCAGUUAAGAAGUCUGCCAUGAAGAGGCAACCCUGUAGUAUUGCUUUACACAUAGAGCAAUACUGUGUAACUAUAGACAGCGAUCUGUAACAGAAUGAUAACCUUUUAAGGCUAAGGGGUGCUUUGUAGUAUGACAUUAAAAGGAAGGGGCAGGCAGAACCAGUUUUGAAGAUACGAUUCUCCUUACCUUAAUCAGAAAGUUAUAAUGCAGUAGAAUAUCAUGGCUUGUACAGUACACAGGAGCAAAGCAAGCCUAAAUAUAUUACAAGGAGUCUCUUCUAUUGAUUCUUGUUUUCACUCUGAUGAAAGUACCAAACAUAACAUCAUAAAUAUGUUCAAUACUUCUUUACCAGGACGACUGCUAUCUUAAGCAUUUGUUUGGCCCCUUGUCCCAUUAGCUUGUCCUUCCUUAAUUAUAAAUAGGACAGCAACAGAACUUACCCAGGGACUCUUAAGAUGGUUGAAUAAGAAAAUCCCCCUAAAG